GCCUCCAGAGGCUAUAAAGGGAUCCUGGUCUGGAUCCUUCCAUCAGACAAAGGUCCUGACCGCCUGUGCAAGAGAAGGAAGCGCUUCAAGUCGGUGGCAAAGAAGGCGAAGGAUACAAGAACGACAAAAGGAUAUUUUUGGGGAACUUUCCUGGUCUCUAAAGUCCCCCCUGCUUGGCCAAGGGGAGGGAGAUCCAGACGGGUGCAGGAAUGAAGUACAAUUACCACGUACCAGCGUCCACGUACACGCGCCGCCCCCACUUCACUCCCGCACUCGCACAGUCCGGUCAGUACAGCGCCGCCUCAAGGUACGCGUCAGGUCAAUACAGCGGUACGCACAGCGUGCCCUCGUACUACACGCCCUCGUACAACACGCCCUCGUACUACACGCCCUCGUAUAACACGCCCGCAUACACGUCCGCCCGCUAUGGCGCGACACGCCGCACGCCAGCGCGGGACAAGCCGGCCCCGGUGAUCCCGGCUGUGCCUGCGAAGAAGAGCGUGCACUUCCCCAACGACAUCGUCUUCCAGGACCUGGUGCGCCGUGGCGAGCUGGAGCAGAUCGUUCGCUUCGUCCGGACCAGGAAGGUUCGUGUGGACGCGCUCUUUCCUUCGGGUAUGGCCGCGCUACACGAGGCGGUGCUGACGGGAAACCUGGACGUGGUCAAACUAUUGGUCAAGUACGGCGCCGACGUCCAUCAGAGGGACGAGGACGGCUGGACGCCGCUGCACAUGGCCUGCAGUGACGGCUUCCCCCAAAUUGCAAGCUAUCUCCUUUCCAUUGGAGCCAGCACAGAAGCAGAAAACGAGAGCGGGGAGAAGCCGGCAGACCUCAUCGACCCCGACUGCACCGAGUUGGCCAAACUCUUCGAGGCUGCAUGCUUGUAACUUUGCACCGCGCACACGCCCCCGGAGUGAAAGGAAGUUGCUGGGAAGGUGGAAAACAUUGCUGUAACAUGUUUUCUAAACACUAAAGUGGGGAAUUUAUCAUACUGUUGCAGCUCUUUUUAUGCAAAUGUUUUUGUGUGAUACUGUGGAGGAAAUCCAUGUUUCCUCACCCAGCUGCUGCCGUGAAUUUACUCGGGAGACAUUGAGAUCUGCUUGUAUAUCAUCUUGUUAAUCCCAACUGCUGGGCAGUACAGGGAUCAGAAACAUUGUAAAUUACAUUACUAGUUUUUUCCCCAGCAUAUUGAUGUUUUUUUUUUCCUAUUUAUGUACAGGCUGUGCUGAAGAAAACAAUGUCAGCAAUGAAAGUCUUAUUUUUUUCUCCUCAUUGAUUAUUUUUGUACUUUUUUUUUCAUAAAUAAAAACUAUUUUUUAUAACACAUGUAGACAAGCAUUGUGUUUAUUGCAAUUGUAUUUGUGUGUGUCUUACACUGGUUAUCAUAUGUAAGUAGUCAAUUCCUUAUCAAAAGUAGAAUCUAAUGGGUAAAGAAGCCACAAAUGUGAAC